AUGGCCACUACUGAAACGAUUCUCAAUGGAGUAAAUGUGCUGGGCUCCGUACAGGAAUCUCAGCGCAAGAUCCUGACUCCCGAUGCGCUUGCUUUCCUCGCCUUGCUGCACCGCUCCUUCAACGCGACCCGCAAGUCGCUGCUUGAGCGUCGCAAGCUCCGUCAGGCCGAGCUUGACCGUGGCGUUUUGCCUGACUUCCUCCCCGAGACCAAGCACAUCAGAGAAAACUCCACAUGGAAGGGCGCCCCUCCCGCCCCGGGUCUCGUUGACCGUAGGGUUGAGAUCACCGGCCCGACCGACCGGAAGAUGGUCGUCAACGCCCUGAACUCGGAUGUGUGGACGUACAUGGCUGAUUUUGAGGACUCAAGUGCGCCGACAUGGGAGAACAUGGUCAACGGCCAGGUGAACCUGUAUGAUGCCAACCGCCGCCAGGUUGACUUCAAGCAGGGCUCCAAGGAAUACAAGCUGCGUACCGACCGGACUUUGCCCACUCUCAUCGUCCGUCCUCGUGGCUGGCACUUGGAGGAGAAGCACGUCACCGUCGAUGGCGAGCCCAUCUCCGGCUCCCUUUUUGACUUUGGUCUCUACUUCUACCACAAUGCUCACCAGUCCCUCAAGAUUGGCAUCGGCCCAUACUUCUACCUCCCCAAGAUGGAGUCCCAUCUCGAGGCCCGCCUCUGGAAUGACGCCUUCAACCUAGCGCAGGACUACGUCGGUGUGCCCCGCGGUACCAUCCGUGGCACCGUUCUUAUUGAGACUAUUCUCGCCGCUUUUGAGAUGGACGAGAUCAUCUAUGAGCUGAGGGACCACAGCUCCGGCCUCAACUGCGGUCGCUGGGACUACAUCUUCAGCACCAUCAAGAAGUUCAGAAACAACUCCAACUUCGUUUUGCCAGACCGCAGCGCCGUCACCAUGACUGUCCCUUUCAUGGAUGCAUACGUCAAGCUCCUCAUCCAGACGUGCCACAAGCGAGGCGUUCACGCCAUGGGCGGCAUGGCGGCCCAGAUUCCUAUCAAGGACGACAAGGCUGCCAACGACAAGGCCAUGGAGGGCGUGCGUGCCGACAAGCUGCGUGAAGCGCGUGCCGGCCACGACGGUACCUGGGUUGCCCAUCCUGCCCUAGCAGCCAUCGCUUCUGAGGUCUUCAACAAGCACAUGCCUACGCCCAACCAGCUCUUCGUCCGCCGUGAGGACGUCAAGAUUGGUCAGAAUGACCUCCUCAACAUGAAUGUGCCAGGCAAGAUCACCGAGGAGGGCAUCAAGAAGAACCUCAACAUUGGUCUCGGCUACAUGGAAGCUUGGGUUCGCGGUAUCGGCUGCGUUCCUAUCAACUACCUCAUGGAGGACGCCGCCACCGCCGAGGUCUCCCGCUCCCAGCUCUGGCAGUGGGUGAAGCACGGCGUCUCGACGGCUGAGGGCAAGAAGGUCGACAAGGCUUACGCCCUCAAGCUCCUCAAGGAGUCGACCGAUGAGCUUGCCAGCAAGGCACCCAAGGGCAACAAGUAUCACCUCGCCGCUCAGUACUUUGCUGGCCAGGUUACUGGCGAGGAUUACGCCGACUUCCUGACCACGCUGCUGUACGACGAGAUCACGGCCGUGGGCAAUGCGCGCCCCGCUUCCAAGUUGUAA